UGGAUUUGCGUUUGUUACUUUGAUCCGUGUGUGUGUGUGUGUUGUAUGUGGUUGUACCCGAGGUGUGGUAUUUGCGGUGGUUAACGAACGUCUCGUCAAAGAUAAGAACAAAUUAAAAAGGGCGAGCCGCUGCGUUAAAUAAAACAUCAUGCCUCUUGGACAUCUCCCCGCGUGUGUAAUAGAUGUAGGCACAGGGUACACAAAGUUAGGUUUCGCAACCAAUAAAGAGCCUCAACUAGUAAUACCCUCGGCUAUAGCCAUCAAAGAAACAGCAAAAGUUGGAGACAAUAGUGCAAGGCGUGUUACAAAAGGAGUUGAUGACCUCGAUUUUUACAUUGGCGAUGAAGCCUUCGAAGCUACGGGAUAUGCUGUUAAAUACCCAGUCAGGCAUGGCCUCGUGGAGGAUUGGGAUCUUAUGGAACGAUUCCUUCAGCAGUGUAUUUUCAAAUACCUCAGGGCUGAGCCCGAAGAUCAUUAUUUUCUACUGACUGAGCCUCCACUCAAUACUCCGGAAAAUCGAGAGUACACAGCCGAAAUUAUGUUCGAAUCUUUUAAUGUAUCUGGACUGUACAUAGCUGUGCAAGCAGUGCUUGCUUUAGCUGCUUCGUGGACAGCGAAAAAUCUAGAAGACAGAAGUCUAACGGGCAUUGUUGUCGACAGUGGUGACGGAGUUACUCACGUUAUUCCAGUGGCGGAGGGUUUCGUUAUAGGAAGUUGUAUAAAGCACAUACCAAUUGCUGGUAGAGAUAUUACGUACUUCAUUCAAAGUCUUUUAAGAGAACGUGAGGUAGGAAUUCCUCCCGAACAAUCGUUAGAGACAGCCAAGACGAUCAAAGAAAAAUAUUGUUAUAUUUGUCCCGAUAUUGCGAAGGAAUUCGCAAAGUUCGACAGUGAUCCUAGUAAAUUCCAAAAGUUCGAAGGCGUCAAUAAUAUUACAAAACAGCCCUUCGUCGUGGAUGUCGGUUACGAAAGGUUUCUCGGACCAGAAAUUUUCUUCCAUCCAGAGUUUUCAAACCCAGAUUUUACCACACCGCUCAAUGAAAUCGUCGAUGAUGUUAUUCAAAAUUGCCCCAUUGACGUUAGGAGGCCUUUGUAUAAUAAUAUAGUCUUGUCAGGUGGAUCGACAAUGUUUAAAGACUUCGGCAGACGAUUACAACGAGACAUUAAGAGGACAGUGGACGCAAGAUUAAAACUGAGUCAAAAACUCAGUGGUGGCCAUAUUACGCCAAAACCAAUAGAGGUUCGUGUAUUGUCACAUCAUAAACAACGCUGUGCAGUUUGGUACGGAGGUGCAUUAUUAGCUAGUGAUCCCGAAUUCUACCAAGUCUGUCACACUAAACAAGACUAUCAAGAAUAUGGUCCAGGAAUUUGCCGUUACAAUCCAGCCUUCCGUAGUAUGAUAUAAGGAUUUUAAAAAAUAGAAUAACGCCAAAGGAGCGCGUUAGUUUGAUCGAACGAUGAAACUUAAACCGACGACCUACCUAAACGAAUUUUUAAUAAAAUUUCGUUUGUUCUGCAUUUCGUAAAACUACCGACCGUGUCCAGGAACGAUCAAACGGGUCACUAAAAUCGUGCAAUUAAUUCUUACGUAAACUGCCCAGAGUAUUAGUGAACGUACAAGGAAGUCUUACAUCUGAUGCAUGAAGAUAAACUAACUGAAGAUUUUAAUCAAGUAACAAAAAAGAAAAAAAAUGAAGCCUGCAUUUAAAAGAGGGACUUUAGAUAAUCAAGGUAUUAUUAUUAAUUACUAUGGCUACACGAAUGACUAAAAUGAUUAAGUGAACUAUGAAAACAAUUGUAUAGAAUAUGUACAUACGAAGCGUGUGUUAAAAGAAUCAACUUUUUAAAAUAA